ACAGUCAGUUGAGGGGCCAAAUUGUGUGUUGAACCCGGGAACUGAACCGCGCCCUGACAGUGCAGCUCUAAAAAUAACAAUACUGUACCGGUAUCUCGCCAAUCAAGGAAGUUUCUGCCCCUGUCAGCAUGCACGUAGGUCUCGCGGGGAGUAGGUUCUUACGUAGUGAUCCGGGGGGUCUUGCUAUGAUAAAUUAGCAUCGACAGGACUGUCGAUUAUGUAGACUUCUAAAUCGACCACUUCGCUCGUUGGGAAAAAUAAACUCGCCGGAGUAUUUAUCCGAUGGCUCGGGUUCAACUACUAAGGGCGGAUCUAUGAUACUACGCAGAUAUCUAACCCUUUAACCAAACCAUGUCGAUCAACGCGUCGCGCGUCGUGUGGAGCACGGAUUGGCAGCCGCCAGCCAUCACAGAGCUCAACUUCGACCCGAGUAAUGCGACUAUAUGCGCUGCAGCAGGCGCGUGGAUGGCAGCCGAUGUUAACACCUUCCAAGACGAGGAGAUGUUCAUGACAACGAAUUUCGUCACCAAUUUCCUACGAGCUAUCCUACCUCUCGAUACAACACCACCCGAUAACAUGACUUUGAUAUUAUGGUACGAUGGGUUCAUACGGGAAAAUAUAGAUGACCUCAGUCAACUCCAGAGGUUCGCUUUAUAUAAUUGCGCGCCCGACGUUUGCAAAAACCUCAAUUGGGAGGGUGAUCCGGACGUCUCAGGGCGGGGGAUGCUAAUAACAUACUAUCUAGCUGCUGGAAUGGUCACGAUAUACUUAUGUGCUCUUGCGCUAUCUGGUUCGGGAAUUUUCCGACAAAAUUAUCCAUCACGAUCGAGAAGGGCUUGGUUGAUAGGUGGAUUUGAAGCAUCUGCGAGUACGUUCUUGGAUGCGGCGUUGAUAUUUGCCGUCUCAAUGCUUGCCGCUGCUUGCUUCAGGUUGUCACAAGCUUUCUUCCAAGAGUAUGGAGUUGCAAAGGGGCAUUGGAUGAUCUAUGCCUCAAUCGGUUCUAUCUACAUGUCCACAUUCUCCUCAUUACUUCCACUGUUAUUACAGGCGACCGCGCCUGGUAUACGGCGGCACUGGCUUCGGAUUACUCUCUGGGCACUUACUAUCAUUUUAGGCAUCGUUAAUGAGGGAUUGUUUGACUCCUUCUUUUUCAAAAUUACGGAUCCGAAAAUGAAAGACACGCUCGAAUUGGUUUGGCUACAGUAUUGCAGCCCAAUCAACUUAUUAUCUUAUGGAAUUACGCCGACACUUCGCAUAGCUCAAGGGUUAUUGGUUCUAAAUACCAUUUUCUACAUUAUCUACUUGAGAUACCAUGGGAAGGGUAGGAACGAUCAAACAUGGCCUAAAACGAAGAAUUUUUGGCGGAAAGCGAUCCAAUAUAUACAGAUAUUGAAUGUGGCAAUAUGUUGUCUGUUGAUGUGGUCGAUGGUGGCAACCUUCCACUACUAUCGGGACCUCGUCGAUAGAGCUGCAGGAGAUGAUAACCAAAAUUCUGCCUGGACAUUCGGUCAAGUCUUAGCAGUAGCUACCUGGAUUCCCGUACUGGUAGAGUUGGCUACCAUUUUGAAAUACGGGACCAAAGAAGGACUCGCGAGGAAGAUUUCAAAGAAAUACGCCAUCGUUCUAAACAAUGCCCCUACUCAUGAUGAAGAGAAGGGGUCGCAAUAUUCAAGAGUAGAGAAUAGGGGAUAAAACUACUAAAAAAAAAGGACUAUUAUGAUAGCUAUGUGAGGAUUUUCACACCGCUUUUUUUCCCCAUGAGCGCAGGCUUGACCGGCGUGGCUACACCAAAAUGAUUCGUUAAGAUUUCACUCUCACUAAUGAAUCCUCUUAUUUGGUAUUAGUGCAUACCCCUAUUGGCGUUUCAUCUAUAAAGGGCUUUCAUGCUAUUGUAGAUGUACUAUCGUCGCCGCCUUUAUUCUCCGCAAAUGUUUCUGGCGGCCCUUUGUAAUCAUUCGCACUGCUAGGGGACGUCCCUAUCUACAUAGUAUCAAACGUUUCCCGAUCCGAGGUGGUGGGUCGCUAUAUUUAGGGCUCAUCAAAGAGGACCUAUUACCAAAUGGGCUCCUUACUAGGCCUUUUCAUGGGCUUAGCCGGUUUCUGGAAGAGACUUCUGCGUUUUUAUCCACGGUAAUACAAGCUUGCGAACCGUGUGGUUAGCUUAUGUUAACAAUAUAAGAGGCCGGUAAUCCCAAAGUAGUUAUUAUACACAAUAAAAUUAAAAUAGCUACCCGGGUAAGAUGGUGUUGUGAAUAAAGAAAAAGCCUAGUCAUUGUCAAGAAAAUUAGGAUGAAAGAGCAUAUAGACG